AUGGGUGAGGCUAGAUGGUUACCGCUACUCGUGACUGCAGAUGUGUCGCUGGAUGUCAUCAACUCUGUCCUCCGCAGCGCCGCUGCUGAGAAGGAAGAAGAUACGGAUUUUGAGAAUCGAUGGGUGGUUGUGCAGUAUCCUGACCAGGAAAUGAUGACCAAACCCAGCAUUUGUCCAAUUGUAAAGACUUUCCAAAGUGGAUUCUUGGGUGCUUCUGUACAGGUGCUACAAGAUUUUGUCACGAGUAGAUGUGGAGAAAAUGGAUUGGGACAUGAUAGUAGUAUCUGCAUGGAUUGGCUUGCCGAUGACGCUUUUGGAGUCAUUGAUGCAAGAACAGCAGAGGAUAACACGAUUCUGUUUGUUGUCCAAGAAACAGUGGAUGCAGUGCAAGAGGCAGAGGUGAGGGUGGCUUGGAACAAAGGUUCGAAGAGUGAUGAGUUGCUCUUGGCAUACAUCAACAAUGCUGCAGGAGUACACGAUCAGGAUACCUUGUUCCUGUUCGAAAAUGUGGUAAACGAUAGAGACGUAUCGUCGGGAACCCGAGAAGUCGAAGGUGGUCUUGACGAAGUACGGCAAGCAAUCGAUGAGUGGAUAAACACAGAGCAACGAGGAGGAAGACCAAGAUGGUUUGAAAUCAGAAUGGUUGUGGAGAAUGCGAUGAAGAACAGCUGCGGCAUCUGGAAUAUCGGGCCUGCUGCUGUGCUUACUGAGAUGAAAGAGCAGUUUGAUGAGGAGGGAGUGAUGAGGUAUUGA